CUGAGCUGAGCUGAGGAGUGAUUACAUCUGUACUAAAACUGUGUGCUGUUAUUAGUCAGAGCAACUCCAUCUUUGUUCCUAUAACCUGAUUAAACAACAACUAUGGAGCUUCUUCUGGAUCUGCUGUGUUUGUGUCUUCUGUGUUUGACCGGGAAAAGACUUUGUGAUGAAAACAAGCCAAAAUAUAUUACAGUGAAAGAAGGGACAGAUGUUGUGUUACCCUGUUCUCUCAGCACCAAGGAGGACAUUGAGUCAAAAGUGUUUGACUGGAGGAAAGUUGCUCAGAAAGAUGAUGGUCUGAAGGAGGUGUUCAUGUAUGAAAAAGGCUUUCAUUACAACAACGGUCGUCCAGGUCAAAGUGAAGAGUUCAAAGGUCGAGUCUCACAUUUUGAAGAUGAACUGAAACAUGGCAACGCCUCCAUAAUCAUCAGAAAUAUGAAGGAGGCUGACAGUGGAGACUACACCUGUCAUUUCCCACGUCUUCAUCAAAUGUUCCACCUUAAGCUUGUUGUUGAGCCAGACAUCAACAUUAUUGAUGCCACAGAUGAUGGAGUGUUGCUGCAGUGUGAGGUUCGAGGUGCUGCUCCCAAACCUAGAGUAGAGUGGCAGGACAGAGAUGGAAACAAACUUCCUGCUGAAGACCCGCAGGUCUCUGAAAGAGGAGACAGAUACCACAUCACCCUCCAGACUACUGUGACCAAGACCAGCUGCUGUCGCUGUGUGGUCACACAGGAGGAAACCAACCGGAGGACUCAUGCUGACAUUUAUGUGGCUAUUAUUGACAACAACACGAGCAUAUGGACCUAUAUGGAGCUAUAUGGAGCUGGAACUCUUGCUUUUGAGAACUUCAGCUUCAAGCUACACUGCUGCAGUCGCUGGUUGUUGUUUAUUAGGGAGCCAGCAGUCAUCAAAGUGGAAGAAGGGGCUGAUGCAAUGUUACCCUGUUCUCUCAGCACCAAGGAGAACAUUGAGUUUAAACUCUUUGACUGGAGGAAAGUUGCUCAGAAAGAUGAUGGUAUGAAGGAGGUGUUCAUGUAUGACGCAGGCAUUCAUUACAACAACGGUCGUCCAGGUCAGAGUGAAGAGUUCAAAGGUCGAGUCUUUCAUUUUCAAGAUGAACUGAAUCACGGCAACGCCUCCAUAAUCAUCAGAAAUACAAAGGUGACUGACAGUGGAGACUACACCUGUUAUUUUCCUCGUCUUCAGCCACCUCAAAUAUUCAACAUUGAGCUUAUUGUUGUUGUUGGUGCAGCUUUAAAACCAUUUGUUACAAUACUUGAUGCAACAGCAGACUCGGCACUGCUGCAGUGUGAAGUUCAUGGCAAUCCCAAACCUAAAGUAGAGCUGCAGGACAGUGAUGGAAACAUCCUUCAUGCUGAAGUAACACAGGACUUAGAAAGAGAAGGCAGCUUCUACAUCACCCUCCAAACUACUGUGACCAAGACCGGCACCUAUCGCUGUGUAGCCACACAGGAGGAAAUCCAACAUCAGAUUUAUGCUGAGACCUCUGUGUAUAUCAGUGAGUCUUGGAUUGGAUUAAUUGUUGGUUUAUUUCUUCUUCUUCUUCUUCUUGUUGCUGGUGUUCUAGCUGUGCUUGUAUACAAGGGUUACAUCACAUUAAAUCGUAAUAAAGUCAUCACAGUGAAAGAAGGCAGUGAUGUUACUUUACCCUGUUCCCUCUGGCCCAAGGAGGACCUUCGGUCAAUGUGGUUUAUCUGGCAGAAAACUGAUGAUGGUCAGAAGGUGUUCCAGUAUGAUAAAGGUGAUCUUUACAGUGACGAGCUUCCAGAUCAGAGUGAGCAGUUCAAAGGUCGAGUCUCACAUUUUCCAGAUAAACUGAAACAAGGCAACGCCUCCAUAACCAUCAGAAAUACCACGAGGGCUGACAGUGGACAGUACAGAUGUCGUUUUCCAUUAAUUCAGAAACAUCAAAUGUUCAACAUUAAGCUUGUUGUUGUUGGGCCAGAAGUCAUCAAAGUGGAAGAAGGCAGUGAUGUUACUUUACCUUGUUCCUUCCGGCCCAAGGACAUUCGGUCAACACAGUUUAACUGGAAGAAAAUGUCUCCGAAUGAUGAAAGUCAGAUGGAGGUGUUCCUGUACGAUAAAGGCGAGCAGCCAGGUCAGAGUGAGCAGUUCAAAGGUCGAGUCUCACAUUUUCCAGAUGAACUGGAACAAGGCAACGCCUCCAUAACCAUCAGAAAUACCACGAGGGCUGACAGUGGAGAAUACAGAUGUAUGUUUCCAUUAAUUGAGAAACCUCAAAAAUUCUACAUUAAGCUUCAUGUUGGGCCAAAAGUCAUCACAGUGAGAGAAGGCAGUGAUGUUACUUUACCCUGUUCCCUCUGGACCAAGGAGAACAUUCAGUUAACACAGUUUCUCUGGAAGAAAGUUUCCCAGAAAGCUGAUGAGGGUCAGAAGGUGUUCCUGUAUGAUAAUGGUGAUCUUUACAGUGACGAGCGUCCAGAGCCAAAAGUCAUCACAGUGAGAGAAGGCAGUGAUGUUACUUUACCCUGUUCCCUCAGCACCAAGGAGAACAUUCAGUUAACACAGUUUCUCUGGAAGAAAGUUUCCCAGAAAACUGAUGAUGUUUGGAAUGUGUUCCUGUAUGAUAAUGGUGAUGUUUACAGUGACGAGUGUCCAGGGAGGAAACCGGAAACCCCCGAGCUCAGAAUCUGGGUAGAUGCUAGAUCAGAUCGGUUAACACGGUUUAUCUGGAAGAACGUUUCCCAGAAACCUUAUGAUGAUCUGGAGGUGUUCCUGUAUGAUAAUGGUGAUCUUUACAGUGAGAAGUGUCCAGGUCAGAGUGAGCAGUUCAAAGGUCGAGUCUCAUAUUUUCCAGAUGAACUGAAACAAGGCAACGCCUCCAUAAUCAUCGGAAAUACAAGGAGGGCUGACAGUGGAGUCUACAGAUGUAGUUUUGCAUCAAUUCAGAAACCUCAAACAUUCCACAUUAAGCUUGAUGUUGAGCCAAAACUCAUCACAGUGAGAGAAGGCAGUGAUGUUACUUUACCCUUUUCCCUCUCGCCCAACAAGGACAUUCGGGCAACACAGUUUAACUGGAAGAAACCUUAUGAUGAUCAGGAGGUGUUCCUGUAUGAUAAAGGUGAUCUUUACAGUGACGAGUGUCCAGGUCAGAGUGAGCAGUUCAAAGGUCGAGUCUCACAUUUUCCAGAUGAACUGAAACAAGGCAACGCCUCCAUAACCAUCAGAAAUACAAGGAGGGCUGACAGUGGAAAAUACAGAUGUAUUAUUUAUCGCCAUCUUGAGAAACCUCAAAUGUUCUACAUUGAGCUUCUUGUUGUUGGUUCAACUCCAGAGUCAGAUGAACUUGAUACAUUAGUGUAGAAAGGCAUUGGUAAUGUCUGUGUUGCUGGAAACAUUUAUUUAGUUUUCAGUUAUUUUAUACUUGUGUUGUAUCACAAUUAAUAGGCUCAUUGAUUUAGUCUUGCAGUUCUACUUGAUUGUGUAACUGUUUGUAAGACUUGUACAGUAUUCCUGUUCCAGACAACCGUUUCUUGCUUGUGUAUUUAGAAGAAUAGUAAAGGCUGAGAUGUGGUAUUGAUCUUCUUAUCUAACUCAGUGAGAAAGUGAAUAAAGUGCCCUGGGGGGUCAUCGGGUAGAGUCCUCACCACGGUGACUAUGGUUUGAGUCCACCACAGGGACCUUUGCUGCAGGUCAUCUCCUGUCUUUCCUGUCUGUCUCUAUCACUAUCUUUUAAAAGCAGAAACACCGAAGAAAAAAGCCUCUCUGUACUUGUGUUCUUGCACUAUCUAUGUUGUUAAUCGAUAAUA